CCCCCCGUUUCACACCGGCCGCAGCAAGGCGCGAUGCCCGAGGCCGGGCCGGGGCUGCCCGCCCGCCUCCCGCGGAGCUGCUGACGUGGUGCCAGGGACCAGGCGCGUUUGGGAGCGGGGACGAGCCGGGGGAGGCUGGCACAGCUGCGGCCGCAGCGGCCUCCGUCCCUCACUCCCUUCUUCCCUCCCUCCUCCGCCGGCCCCGGCUUCCCCCUGCCCGCCCCCGGGCCUCGGCAAGGCGGAGGGAAGGGCGCCCGCGGGGAGAGCCGUGGGGGAAGAGCAGACCAGAGGAGAGGGAUGGCGGGGGGCGAGGGGCGGGCGGGCGCUGCUCGGCUGCUGGGGACACUGUGCCUCGCCGCCGCCUGCCUGCCGCUGGUGCUCGGGAGGGACCCCGGCGCGGCGUGGACCCUGGAGAAGUAUUCUCACCAACCAAGAAUUUUACAGUCUGAUGCUAUCAAAAAAGUUGCUGCAAACACAGAUAUUUCUGAAAUGUGGGAGAAUGAUUUACGCCCUAUGCUGAUAGAACGAUACUCAGGAUCACCAGGAAAUUAUAUCGUACGACAGCAUAUCAAGCACCGUCUUCAAAGAUUACGGGCCGGCUGGGAAAUUGAAGAAGACACGUUCCAGAGGUACACACCAUAUGGAUAUCAAACAUUUUCAAAUAUCAUCAGCACUCUCGACCCCUCUGCAAAACGCCAUCUGGUUCUAGCUUGCCACUACGACUCAAAGCUCUUUGGACAACAAUGGCAGGAGAGAGCUUUUGUAGGAGCAACUGAUUCAGCCGUGCCUUGUGCUAUGAUUUUGGAGCUGGCACGUGCCCUGGAUAACCAGCUUCAGCUAAUCAAGACCAGCUCAGCAUCAAGACCAGACCUUUCACUUCAGCUCAUUUUUUUUGAUGGUGAAGAAGCCUUUGUCCAGUGGUCCCCUUCUGAUUCCCUCUACGGAUCUCAACACUUAGCUAAGAAGAUGGUAUCUACUCCUCAUCCACCUGGUUCAACAACCACAAAUCAGCUGCAGGGCAUAGACCUGCUUGUACUACUGGAUUUAAUUGGUGCACCAAACCCUGUCUUUCCCAAUUAUUUUCCAAACACUAGUCGAUGGUUUCAGAGGCUUCAAGCAAUUGAGCAAGAGCUACACAACAUGAAUCUGUUGAAGAAUCACCGCAUUGAAAAGCAGUAUUUCCAGGCUACUUUCUAUCGAGGCUUGGUUGAAGAUGACCAUGUUCCAUUUCUACUAAGAGGGGUUCCAGUCCUACAUCUGAUUCCAUCCCCUUUUCCAGCAGUAUGGCAUACCAUGGAGGACACAGAAGAAAACCUUGACAAAACCACUAUCGACAAUCUCAGCAAAAUCCUGCAAGUGUUUGUACUGGAAUAUCUAAACCUGUGAGAGACAAAAUGACAACAGGUCAUACUCCUUUCUAAACACUGUUUGUCCAUCUUCACAUUUUCUAUUUAAUUGCAUUGAAGAGACUAAAGUAAAGAAAAAUAUAAUGAUAGUUCUUGCUAGACAGGUUAUUGAUUCAGCUGUUCCUGGCCCAAUGUUCUAUGCAGACAAGUAAGAUAGCAUUAAAGAAGAAUUAGUUUCAGCCUGGAAAGAAUUCGACCUUUCCAUGUUUUACCUCUGAAUAAAAAACCCAGGAUUUUUCUGGAUGGUUAUCA